AUGACCGCUGACAAGGUGGACCCUGCUCCAAAGGACACUGAUCAUGAGCUCAAGCUCGUCACGGUGACCGACGGUUACUACCCCUUCACCGAAGUUGCCUUCCGCUGGCCGGAAAGCUUCGGGUGGGGUUCGAAUGAGCAUACGGAAAUCAAGGAGAUCGUGAAUGGUCUCUCUCAAUCAGGCCACUUUCUCUCUAGCGCUGGGCAGCUCCACCCCGACUUUUACAUUUGCGAGUUCGCGGACGGUACCAAAAAGGCAUGCUUCUCCCUCAAGCAAGUCCAGUUUAUUCAGUACCAUGUUUCUGUGGCGCUCUCUCGCAAGAUCCGCUCCUUGGGCCACACUCAGGAAAGCAAGGCAUCGAAGGAAGACAUACCUGAACCUCGAGUUUCCCCCAAGGACAUCAGUCUUCUGCAGAUCCCCCUGCCCCAGAAGUUCAUCCCCGCCAGCUUCGUUACCAGCGUGAAGGUCCAACCCUACAACACCAAGAAUCUCGGAAGAAGCCUCGACAAUGCGAUCAGGAAGCAGAACAAGCAGACGCUGAUGGCCAAUGUCAUGGGCCCUCUGCCCUCCGUUGACAGCACGACGCCAUCCUCUUCUGCUUCAACCCUUGAGCACGGAGACUCGACCCCGUCCCCUUCUUCACCAACCCUCGCGAGCGCGACGUUCCCACUUCCCACCUUGACCCCCGAAGCUGAUGACAGCUCAUCGGCCCUCCAAGUCGAAGACGACAGUUUGGUCACGGACACCGCUACGGACGACGAUGCAGAGACAGAUGAUGAGGGGAUCGCCUCUGCGCGCCGCUCGGCUACGACCUACUUCAUGAACGCCCGCAACGCGUACUUCACCGCAUCCAGUGGUGGUGUUCACAGAGCUCUGGCCACUCUUGGCCAGGCCGAGGAAAGCGACCUGAGUAGGCUGGAAGAGCGGAACCCAUCUGUUGGCCGUGGCCUGUUUAUUGCCAGCGACAUGACUCUUGAUUCCAAGGGGAACUAUCUUCAGGCCGGGUAUUCAGCAUGCCUGUGGACGGACCCUCCAGCACCUAAGGAUUCCAGCGCCAACGUUGAUGCCGAUAUGCCGGAGAUGAAGGGGGACGUUCGCCGCAGGCACUGGCGUGUUACCAGCACCGGCAAGGCCGAUGUCGCCUACUUUAACGGAACAACUACGAUUCCAAUUAGGUCCGCGGAGCUCGCGAGUGCCAUGAAUCGUGACUUAGGCAGGCUCUGGGUUGAAUCUGGCACUGGGGCCGUCUACGUAAUCGUCUACUCGCCCGAUCGUCGCCAUCACGGAAUCCCGGGGGUGGACGUUGAUGCAUUCGACAACGGCGGGUCGCAGCAUGUGACCGCGGCAGGCAAAGGCAAGAGGUACCUCAUCGACCUCGCCAAGCUUGUCAACUGUGUCGACAAGGGGGACGGCCGCGAAGCAUCGGACCGCAGUCUUGAGGAAGUGCUGGCCAUUCUCCUCCCCAAUGUCCCCUUCGAUGCCAAUGACAACAAUUCCGGCAACUACGCGGACUCAUCAACCUCGGUAACAGCUUUGAUGAAGCUUGCGAGGAGUUCCACGAUCGCCGCCAUCACCACAUGA